AUGCCUGUUUAUAAAACUAAAAAAAAUUCAGUUUGUUCACUGAAGUCUAUUACAUGUAAAAAGAAUGCCAAAGUAGAAGUAGAAAAUGAAAAGAUUGAAAAUAAAUAUUAUUCAUUUUCAAAUAAAAUUUUUAAUGAUAUAUCUGCUAGUGAUAUGAUGAAAGAAUUAAUAAAAUUAGAAGAAAAAGAGCGCCAAGAGUAUAGUUCAAUAGAAGAGCACGAACCACCAUAUAUUUUUGUAGAUGGUCAAAAUAUAAAAGCAAUAAAUAUUGGUCCUCAUAUGGAUGUUAUUGUAAUGGCUAAACAACUUUAUCUUUGUGAAUUAUGUUUUCGAAUGUUUAGAGAUGAGGCAUUAUUUAAUGAUCAUACUAGAAAUAUUCAUGUUGGAAAAAAUAACAGACCACCAGGACAAAUAAUGUAUAAUUGUAAACAAAAAAAUUUUUCUAUAUGGAAAAUGAAUAAAGAGGAACAAAGAAUAUGUGAGGAUUUAUGUUUAUUAGGUACAUAUUUUCUUAAAUCAAAAACAUCAGUUUAUACAACUUAUCAAUUUGAUCUUUAUACUGCAUAUUUUAAGAAACCUUGUGGUAAAUAUUGUUUUGCUGGAUUUUAUUCAAAAAUGCCUGAACAACCAGAACAUGUAUUAAGUUGUAUUGUUGUUUUACCUACAAUGCAAGGUAAAGGUGUAGGAACAAUGUUAGUAGAUUUUGCUUAUUUAAUGGAUCGUUACCCAACACCAAAUUAUGGUUCACCAGAAAAACCACUUUCUGAACAGGGAAAAAUUCUUUUUAUGAAAUAUUGGAAAGCAAAAAUAGCAGAUUAUGUUUUGAGAGAAUUUUACGGGCCAAAUGCUACAAAUGAUACACAAAUUACAUUAAAAAAAUUAAUAACACCAAUAUCUGAGUAUACAGGAAUUAAUAAAAAAGAUCUCGCUGAAGCAAUUAAAGAAUUAGGUGAAGAUAUAAAAAGAAAAUCUGGUUUUCAGUCACUUAGAGUAAAAAUAAUUAAUCAACUUAAAGAAUUAUUAAGAAAAUAUAGGAAUGGACAUUUCUAUUGUCCUUAUAGUCAUAUAUCAAAUAAUACAGAUUAUGAUAUAACAAAUGAUAAAAAACGUAAACGAGGAUUAUUAGAUGAAAUUCAAUUACCUUGUAAAAGAAGUAAAUCAAAAUCACCUGUAAAAAAUUGCAAAUCAGUUGUAUCAUCCUCAUCUUAUAGAGGUGUUUCACCAAAUUCAGUAUUAUCAUCAUCUAGUGCCUCUUUAAAUGAUAAUGAUGAAGUUGGAAUAGCAUAUGAUAAUAAAUAUGGAAGUAAUGAUUAUGAAAUGUAUGAUAUGUCGGAAAAUAGAUCUAGUAGUAGUACACCAAAACAAAAAUUUGAUUCCCCUAAAACAUCAUAUAAUAAUAUUGAAAUUAUUAAUAUGGGAGGUGAACCAGAUGAAGAUGAUUUAGAAGAUAAUACAACAUUAACAGAUAUGCCACCACAAUUAUGUCAAUCUAUGGAAAGAGAAAAUGUUGAAAUUAUGAAUAGUAAAGAACUUUCAUUAAAUAAUCAACAAUCUAGUGAUUCACCACCUCCACAAUUGACACCAAUGAUGUUAAAUAUUGAAACAGUAAAUGAUAGUAUUGAAUAUGUUGGUCCACCACCAUUAUUAUCUACUGAAAAUAUUGAGGUAGAAUCACAAAAUUCUAAAGCUUGUAUUUAUGAUCAAAAUAAUUCAAUUAAUUGUGGGGAACAGUUACCUCCAGAUAAUAGAAUGAUAACGAAUAGUUUGUCGCAACAACCUCAACAAGAAAUGUUACCCCAAAAUACAGUUCCAGAAGAUAUAUCAAUGAAUAAUUUAAAUAUUUCAACACCAACUAUGAUUCCUAAUCAUAUUGAAAAUAAUCAAAAUGACAUGCAACCUUAUAGCAACAUAUCAAAUCCAUCUCAAUCAUAUACAACAACUUCAAAUAUUCUUAAAAAUAUGGAACAAAUUACAAAAAUCUCUCCAGUAGCACCAUCAAAAGCAUUAGAAAUGAAUCCAAUGUCAAUGGCUACUGAAUCACAUCAAUCUUCAAGUAAAAGUAAUCGAAAAGAUUCUGAUAGUAAAAAUAAAAUUAUACAUCAUCAUGAUACAGGACGUCAUAGUCAACCUAUGAAUUUACCUUUAAGAAAUAUACCUCAAUAUUCUCAGUCAGUGAUGUCAAAUCAUGAACCAAUGACUCCAACAAUGUCUAUGAAUAUUAAUUUAGCACAACAAUAUGAUAUGAAUCAAAUAAAUUCUAUUUCUGCAAUGAAUAAUCCUUUUGUAUAUAAUAAUCCUUCAACAACACCGUAUCCUGAUCAUGUAAAUAAUAUUCGUGCUACAAAUAUGAAUUCUCAUUACAAUCCUUAUUUAUCUCAAUAUCCUGGAGGUACAUAUAAUCAGUCUGGUUCAAUGAAUCCAUGUUUGUAUAAUAAUAGUGGAUAUCCAUCAAUGAUAAAUUCAACUUCACAAAUGCCUCAACAAAAUAUGUCAAUGUUAACUAAUCAAACCGGUAUGGGAAUGAAUUAUCCUUAUUUUAAUAAUUAUCCUUCUAAUAUUCCUAUGUGUUCGAAUGUUGGAUACCCAGGUAGUAUGUAUUCAAUGAAUAUCUAUCCAAAUUUUUUUAAUCCUAUGGGAAAUAAUAUGAAUAGAUCUCAAAUGCCUACAUUUCCAGGGCAAAUGAAUCAAGGAAAUCAGAGAUAA